UUUUGCUUGAUAGUGAGAAGAGCACAUCAUUAUUGGUUGGUUGAUGCACAACGCUGACUUUCUUUUGAACUAAAUGGGUGACAAAGAGGGUCGAACAACACGAGAGGAAAAUGUAUUUCAUUCUUUCAAUCACAACGUUAUCAACGAUGCCAUCAAUAUAACACCCGUCGACUAUUUUAAUACUAACGAGCACAAUAAUAUUGGAAACGGCGUGAAUUUACCUUCUAGCAGACCGAUUAAAAAAGCUACAACUAAUGAGCAUGGGAUAACCGGGGGGUUAGUUGUUCUGACUGAGGAUACGAACGAGCAUGAAGAAAAUAUGCAAAAUGGAAAUGAUUUUGUUGAUGCAUUAAAUAAAGAUGGAACAGAUUCAACAGAUGCGAUGUGGGUGAGUCCUGAGCACAAGAAAAUUGGUAACGAAACAGGAAAAGAACCCAGAAAGAAAAACGUCCUCACUCUUCCAAACGGCGCACGUGUGACAUUUGGUGAGGUUAUCGCUCUGGCAGGAGAUUAUUAUGGCAUCCCAGAUGCUCCUAUUGCUGAUCCAUUGUUAGGGAGCGAUCAGACAGAUUCUGGAGCUCGUGAGAGGUUUAAAAAUGCUUAUGCUACGCUUGCACUCAUCCCGUAUGAAGGCGAACACAAGGAGCGACUGGAUAAGCUAUUGGAAAUGAUGGCUGAAGAUAGCGAGGACACAACAAAAGGAAAAUGUCAGCACAAUGAUAUGGAAUGGGAUGAGGCAACUGGUGGGGCGUGGUUAGCGGGUUUACCAAUCAUCAGUGGUAUUAUGAUGAAACUGGCUAAAAAAAACUACGAUCAUUUUCUGCCUAAUGCUAAAAUAGCAUAUGUUACCGGUCACGAGUAUGCUAUUGAAAAAGCCAGGGAGGCUGGUCGAAGUCGAGAAGAGGACAAAGAACGAUUGCUAUCUAUUGCGCUUUCAAUUGACGCGUUUGCGUGUCAUUUCCUUACGGAUGCGUUUUCCAGUGGACAUUUAAGAACACCAAGAGCAGAGUUGGCAAGGAACGUCACUCCAAGCAACAUCGGCCAUCUUCUUUGUAAAUACAUGCAUGAUGAAGACAACAAGUUUGGUCUUCGUGUUACCAACGUACGUGGUGAUAAAUGGAUUGCUUAUGGGGAUGGAAUGCUCAUGAAUAAGUGCAACAAGCGAAAUUACCAACUGGUUGUGGAAGUGGUUCAGAUUUCAGUCGACCAAAUAGGGCGAGCCUUCAAUAAUCCCGAUAUUGAAUUGGAUCCAUGUUAUGUCACUGACCUUAUACCAUUUCUGGACAUAAAAGAAAAGAAUAACACCCCAUUGUUUCAAGUCAAAGAUGGUAAACUUCAUCGUAGAUCAGACAUCAAUAAUCUUCAAGAUAAGAAAACCAUCACCAACUGGUGGGGAGCAACGACUGCAGGAAAUUUACAAUGGUGGCAUGAGCCGAAAAAUUCUGCUAUAUCACCGGCCCCCUAAUGCAGGAAAAUUUUAUCCUUUUAACGGUCUUUUUGCGUUCACUAAUCAUGCUUAUUACGCUUUUAAUAAAAAAAAUAUUUUGAAUACUGAAAACUUAUUACCAAUUUUCCAGGAAUAUCGACGUGUAACGUUCCAAUUUAAUAAAUCGUAUCAUCGUCGAUUAGAUAUUGCAAAUCCUUUGUUUAAUUUCUAAAUAUGAUAAAUUGGACGGUAUAAAAAGGAAAGGUUCAGGCGAACGAAGGUAAAAUAUGCAAUUUUUAGCACAAAACAAAAUCUAGACACGGUGCAAUCAAUCGAUCGAGAUG